AUGUCGGAGCAACAACAGGAGCAGAAGACGGUGGUCAUUACCGGUGCUACGGGGCAGUUGGGGCGACAAUGCGUGAAGGCCUUUGAGAACGCCGAGUGGAAAGUCAUUGGCACGGGCUUCUCCCGCGCCUCCGGCUCGAUCCAAAAACUCGACCUGACGGACUCCACCGCGGUGUCGGCCCUACUAUCAUCCACCCGCCCCUCAGUAGUAGUGCACACAGCCGCGGAGCGUUCCCCCGACCGCUGUGCGACCGACCAAGCUGGCACGACAGCGCUCAACGUGGACUCCACGUCGCUGCUCGCGCGCCUCUGCGCCGAUAUGGGGUCGACACUGAUCUACAUCUCGACGGAUUACGUCUUCCCUGGCACGCCGGGCGAGGCGCCGUACUCCGCCGGAUCCCCCACCGCCCCGCCAAACUUCUACGGCGCGACGAAGCUGGCGGGGGAGGGCGCGGUGCUCGACGAGCCCGGGGGCGUGGUGUUCCGUGUACCCGUGCUCUAUGGCGAGGUGGAGGUGAAUGGCGAGAGCGCGGUUAAUACGCUGCUGGAUGUUGUGUGGAACGCCGGUGGGAAGGCGAAGGUGGACAUGGAUCAUUGGAGUGUACGCUACCCGACGAAUACGGCGGAUGUGGCUAGGGUGCUGGUUGAUGUUGCGGAGAGGUAUGCGCGCGGGAUGGAGUCGAAGGAGGAGAUGGAGCAGGACCUGCCAAGGGUCCUCCAGUUCUCCAGUGAGGAGAGGAUGACGAAGUAUGAGAUCUGCCAAACUAUGGCGGAUGUCGCCGGCCUGCCGCUGGAGCAUGUCGUGCCGAAUGCUGAGAAUGAUCUGAAUGCUGCUGUGCAACGCCCGUAUGAUUGCCAUCUGUCAACACAGGAACUCAAGGAUUUGGGGAUUGAUGUUAGGACGGUGAAGUUUAGAGACUGGUGGUGA